ACCGAGCGCUUUCUCCGUGCAUAGGGAUGGUAGGAGCGAUGGGGAGGAUGGGGAGGAAGUGCGGGAAGUGGGUCGCCGGGACGUUGUUCGAGUACGAGACGCCCCAGAACGUCCGGGUCCGGAACAAGCGGGUCGGCGUCCUCCACCGCAUCCUUCAGCUCUGCAUCGUGGCCUACUACAUCGGGUACGUAAUGAUAUACGAGCGGGGCUUCGAAGAGCGAUGCGACGUGGAGAGCACCGUCACCACGAAGAUGAAGGGAGGCGUUUAUGUCUCGGUCGAACACCUGGACACGGCAGUCCCCGGCGCCAUCUGCGACGUAGACGUAAACGGGACCUGCCACGCCGGAGAGACGCUGCCCCUCGGGAACGGGGUGACGACGGGGCGCUGCGUCCCCAGCGACCGGUCGGGCGGGAACCACACGUGCGAGAUCCACGCCUGGUGCCCCGUCGAGAACGACGACGCCGGGGCGCAGGUGCUGCGCGAAGACGUGCAGGACUACACCGUGCUUCUCAAGAACUUCAUCUCUUUUCCCAAGUUCGGGCACAAGUAUCGAAGGUGUGAGGCCACUCGACUCCGUUCGCGAGCCGAGUCUUAAAAUUGCGAACGAGGACUCCGGGAAGCCGUGGGGAUUUUUCCCGAAAAUCGAUCGUUUUCCAUUCGGUGUAUACGAAUGGAAUUCAUUUUUACGACCGAGAAGCAAAAUCACAUCGAAGGGGCCAGUGAGAAUCGUAGCGUCCGGAGUAAUCGUGAUUUUCACCAAGAACGAUUCUUAUACUUUUCUAUACUAUAUUCGGAAUAUAAGAGGGUAAGUCAAAAAGUAUCCGCAAUGUAUUUAUUAAUAUUAACCCACCAGCAAUACAGAACUCACAAGUGUAUAAUUUCUCAACAUAGUUCCCCUGCUUUUUAACACACUUGGUCCAG